AUGGAAGAUGUUGGAGCUCGGAGCUGCUGCUGCCUGUUUCUCGUUUGGACCGAAGGAGAACUUACACGACGUGCAGACACAGACCAGCACGCGAUGUCCAGUACCGUGAAAAGCCUCAAAGUUACCUAUGAUCCUCCUAAUGAGAGCGACACGUUCAGGGUGGGCGACUGGGUCACUGGUCGCGUCACGCUGGAAGUGGCUAAAGAAUGCCACAUUAGUAGUUUACGGGUGAAAUUUAAGGGAAAAGCCCGUGUACUGUGGACCGAGAGGUACGGCCAAACCACGGUUGUUUACCAAGACAAGGACAAGUACUUCAGUUUGAAAAAUUACUUCAUUCGAGAGGAGAAAAGCGAAGAUUCUGAUGAAGAAGGAGUGAUUCUGUCGAACCAGAAUGGAGAAACAUACAGCAGUGUUGUCGCCCCUGGCUGCCAUUCUUACCCAUUCACCUUCCAGUUCCCUCUACAGAACAUGCCGUCCUCCUUCAAGGGGUCUGUUGGUAAAAUUGUGUAUCUGUUGGAAGCCAAGCUGAGCAGAUCGAUGAGGAUUCCCACCAAAGAUACGGCCAAGCUCAAAUUUGUAACAAACGAAGAUUGCACCGGUGAUUCCGAGCUGAGGAUACCACAGCACGAGUCAAAGGACAAGAAGAUGAAGUUAUUCAAUUCAGGAACUGUAGCCAUGGAUGUCGAUAUUGAAAAAACAGGCUUCUUCCAAGGAGAAGGAUUAAAAGUUGUCGCUCACAUCCAGAACAAUUCCACUCGUCCAAUCAAGCCCAAGUUCUGUUUGUACAAAAAGAACAGCUACUUUGCGGGGGGCAAGAGAAGACUCAACACUGACGACUUCUUGAAAGAGGUGGGAGAUCCCAUCCCCCCUUCUUCCAAGGAAACGGUAACAAGGAUCAUCACCAUUCCUCAUGAUGUGGAGCCCUCCAUCCACAACUGCAGAAUCAUCAAAGCAGAGCACAGGCUCAGGGUCUAUCUUGACGUCAAAUAUGCUUCGGACCCCGAGAUCAAAUUUCCCGUCGUAAUCCUUGCGGCACCCGAGGUUCCUGCUGUGGCACCUCCAGCUGCCGCUGCCUUUGCACCUGGAUUUGCACCUGGAUUCCAGACUGUUUCCUAUGGAACUCCAGGUCCAGCAGCCUGGGGCUUUGCACCACCUCAGCUGCCACCACCAGCAGCAGCACCUAUACCAUGUGAACCCCCUCCUCCCUACGGAGCACAUGGGAUGUACCCUCCAUUGACAGAUUUUGGUAAUAAAUAUUAGUGACUUAGUGAUUAGUGAUUCAUGCAUAGUUUUGAAGCAUCUGAUAAUGACUCAUCUGUCGUUAACACUGCUUUUUUGUGACUUUCUGCUAAAGUGGAACCAAGGAUUUCUCACAAAAACACUUAUUCACCUAAAUUAAGUACACGGUUAAAACAGAAAUGUUCUGUUUUGGUACGUUACUAUGGUCACUAACAUUUUUCAUUUUAUACGCCAGGUUCUUUGUGCUGUGGUUAAUGUUGUUUUUGUCUAUUCUCCAUUACAUUUCUCUGGGAAAUAACUAGAAAUCUCUGAAACCCUUUCAGAUUUUUUAGCAUAACUUUUAUAAUUGUUGUUUUUCAGUAUUUUGUUUUAAAUAUUUUGAUUCUAGUACUCUAGUUUUUUUUUAUGGCUCGUGAAUGAUAGUUUUUUCCUCUUAGUGGAGAAGCACUUAAUCCCUUUUUAGAAUAAUGAUGUAUUCCUGAUUCCAAUUCGGAAACAGACUAUUAUCUGGUUCCUGAGCACUGAUAAUCCAGAGUUAGUGCAGCAUAUAAAGGAGCCAUGACACAAAAAUAAAGUAGUGAAGCUCCUCUCAAAUUCUGGCAUGAAUUGGAGAAAUCUGUCAUUUGACCUAAGCAUGUGACACAUUUUAGAAAGUGAAUUCCGAGUUCUGACUCAUAAUAGUUCUCAGUCAUUACACAACCACUUUGUUUCCGUGACCUCGAUGGAAAUCUACGCACGAGCGGAAAUACCUGUUUUUACGUGACGUCAUUCUUCUCAGCUGUUACCGUGUAAAUCAGCGGACCAAAAACCUUCUUAAAUAUAACACUGCGUUAUGAUUAAAAUGCUGAUUAUGAUCGAACCACA